CGAGCAAGAUGACGUCGGCCACCAAGGUGUACUACAGCCAGACCACGCAGACCGACAGCCGCCCGCUCAUCGGCUCGGGGCUGCGCCGGCGCCGGGUGAUGACCAAGGAUGGCCGCAGCAACGUGCGGAUGGAGCACAUCGCCGACAAGCGCUUCCUGUACCUCAAGGACCUGUGGACCACCUUCAUCGACAUGCAAUGGCGGUACAAGCUCAUCCUCUUCUCCGCCACCUUCGCCGGCACCUGGUUUGCCUUUGGCGUCAUCUGGUACCUGGUGGCCGUGGUCCACGGGGACCUGCUGGAGUUCGACCCGCCGGCCAACCACACGCCGUGCGUCAUGCAGGUGCACACCCUCACUGGCGCCUUCCUCUUCUCCCUGGAGUCCCAGACCACCAUUGGCUACGGCUUCCGCUACAUCAGCGAGGAGUGUCCCCUCGCCAUCGUCCUGCUCAUCACCCAGCUGGUCCUCACCACCAUCAUGGAGAUCUUCAUCACCGGCACAUUCCUGGCCAAGAUCGCCCGGCCCAAGAAACGCGCCGAGACCAUCAAGUUCAGCCAAAACGCGGUGGUGGCCCAACACAACGGCAAGACCUGCCUGAUGAUCCGCGUGGCCAACAUGCGCAAGAGCCUCCUCAUCGGCUGCCAGGUGACGGGCAAACUCCUCCAGACCCACCUCACCAAGGAGGGCGAGAGCGUCCGCCUCAACCAGGUCAACGUGGACUUCCAGGUGGACACUUCUUCCGACAGCCCCUUCCUCAUCCUGCCCCUCACCUUCUACCACGUGGUGGACGACGCCAGCCCCUUCCGGGACAUGGCCCUCCGGACGGGCGAAGGCGACUUCGAGCUGGUGGUCAUCCUCAGCGGCACCGUGGAGUCCACCAGCGCCACGUGCCAAGUGCGCACCUCCUACCUGCCCGAGGAGAUCCUCUGGGGCUACGAGUUCACCCCGGCCAUCUCCCUCUCGGCCAGCGGCAAGUACGUGGCCGACUUCAGCCUCUUCGACCAGGUGGUGAAGGUGACGGCGCCCUGUUGCCUCCACGAGACCGUCCGGUUCGGGGACCCCGAGAAGGUGAAGCUGGAGGAGUCCCUGCGGGAGGCGGCGGAGCGGGAGCGGGAGGGGGCCCCCCUGAGCGUGCGCAUCAGCAAUGUCUGAGUGCCCGCCGGGACGCCGCCGACGCCGCCAGAGGUGCCACCAGCCCCGGAGAUGCCACCAGCCCCUGGAGGUG